AUGGAUCCCCCAGAUGCAGAGGUGUCUGGCUUCGCUGGAGACUGGUUGAUGGGUUUGGAGAAUGCUGCCCUGAGGUGUGUGAGCGGAGGAAACCCCAAACCACACAGCUUCACCUGGCUCAGAGUUGGGGGAGAGUUACCGGAGGGAGUUAUCCUCCACCCUAAUGGAACACUAGUUUUUGGGCGACCCCUUAGCUCGUCAGAUAAAGGCACCUACCAGUGUGUGGCGAAGAACGACGUAGGAGUGGGGAAGGCGGAGGUGGAGAUUAUUGUGGGAGACUCCCUCCAGGAGCUGAGCUUGUUUGAGAAAAUGCCAAUGAUCUUCAUCGGGGGCGCGGCGGGGGGGCUGCUGAUCCUGAUGCUUAUCGUCAUCAUCUGUGUCACUUGUCAUCACAAACGGAAGAACAGGAAGCUGGAGAGGGAGCUGACUCAGAAGAAGGAGGAAAUAAACACUCUGGCGAGGGUUGCUUCUAUCAGGAGGAUGAACUCUGUCAGCACAGAUGCCAGAGGAGCGACAGAGGAAAACAUCCCUCUGAGGGUGGAGGCGACCCUAAGGACCAGCCUGUCUUCCCUCGGGGAGCAGGCUCACUGCCGUGACAGCCGCUCGACUAUCUCUAUUGGACGGAGUGGAAUGGGAGCGUACGACUACCUGGGCAGACCAGUACUAAACAACAACUCUCGGAGGGGAAGAGAAAGGAUUCUGGAUAGAGACGAGGAGAACCGACUCAGAGUGGAGUCAUACGUGAGAAACAGCAGUAUUUCUUUACAGGAAACUCGAUUCCACCCUCCUCUCACGCCUUCAGCCUUCCCAAUCCUUCAGUCCACUGAGAUUGUGAGACAGCUGAACGGCAGCGCCAUCAUCCCACCAGACGGGGGUUCACGGCCAGGAAGUGUCUCCAAAAACCACCAGCACCCUCCUCCGAACUACAACUACCCUCGGGUGAUAGAUGAUGAGGAUGAAGUGGACGAAGGUUUGGGAGGUCCUGCCAGUCAGGAGCACCCCGAUGACCAAGACAGCGAGACAAACAGCUCCCAGGUGUCUGAGGCCCACAGUGCUCUCUAUCAGCAGACUAACGGCACAAUCAGACCUAAACCCAGGCCCACUGGGAUCAGUCCCCAUGCCUCCCUGAUCCACAAGGCCCAGAUAGUUUAGCAGGCAGCUGGGAAUGAACAUGUGGAACUACAAGACUUGUCAGCUCUGGUCUUGGAACAGAUUCAAAGGAACAAUCCUGAGAAAAAACAUCUGCAUUUUGACUACAAUGCUGCUUCUUCUAUUGUGCAUGGUGCAAUACAAUAAACUCUUAAGAGGAAUUCUUUGCAGCAUCUACUGGGCAUAUCGGAUUUCUGCCUGAUGUUUGGUGAUCAACAAGUGUGUUCCUGGCACAAACAAAGACUAUGUCGCAAUAUUUCCAGUAAAGCUUCUACAGCGUUUAAUCGCAGACAAUAUUUUGUGUUCCCAUUUCGCAAUACAGCAUCUGGUGCUCUAUGACGGACAGGUGAUUGCAGUUGACAUACCUUUGAGGGGGAUGUUAAAAGAACUCAAGGACAUGUACGGUAGAAAAAAUAAAUAAGGAAAUGCAAGAGAAGUAGAGGAGGCCGUGGGGAAGUUGGUAAAUCAGAAGAUUGCAACACUUCUGUAUGUAGGGUGGUUGAUGCCAUAGUGGUUCUCAGUGUGUCACUAACCGUGCCUGCGUUAAGUUUCCUUACACAACACGGUUUGGGAGCUGAUCCACACCAUGGGGUUGUUCCUUCUUUGCCACACCUGCACCAUGCAUACCUCCUAAUUGUCUUGGAUGUCAUUAAGUCAAAACAUGACUUAUUAAUGUGGUGAUUUGGUGACCUGUAAAUCUGUACAAAAAUGCAAAUAAAUUCUGUUACAAUUUUAAUUUUUUUUUAAAUCAUCUGUACAGUAAAUAAGCAAACACAAAUAGCCGAUAAAUAACCAGUACAACCUGCUCCUGAUCCAAGUUGAGAACUGGAACAGCUGCUAUGUUUUUGUAAAAUCCAUUUUUAAUUUUUCAACCGAGUGCGCUUUUGUGGUUACUAAUAGAGGAGAACAUGUUCCACAACCUUGGACUGUAUAUGUUCCUUGAAAGGUUUCUUCGGCGUUCCAGAUAAUGCCUUGCAUGCAAGAACAACUUGAGAUGAAACGGUACAGCUUUUUAAUAUUUUGGCAAAACCAAGCCUGCCUUACUUAACUCUAGAUGAGCAAUAGUAGAUACAUUUUGUAAAUAUCGGGCUCUGUUACAACCCUGACAUGGGAAGAAAUGUGCCAAAGGGAAAAUAUAGAAAAAUCUAUUUGUUUAAUUGGCAAAUAUGAAGUAUUAUUUGUUUCGUCACGUAUAUGUAUUACAUUGUUAUGUUUAGUUUAUUUUACCUUAAGAAUUUGAGAUCGUUUGUUACAAAAACAAUGUGCCAUAUAUUAUUUGCUCACACCUAAUAUAGGUUAAAGCAAAUGAAUGGUGUUAUGUGUGAAUGUAGGCUGUAUUUGUAGUAAACAUUGCCCCCUGAUGUGUACUGCUGGGAAGUGCAGGAAGCUAAAUGAGCCUACUGCUAAACUACAGAACUAUGAAAAGACUCUGCAUUGCACUGUGAUUAUGAGAAAUGAUCUUCCUGGUCAAUUGCCUGGACAUUUGUUUAUUUUAAGGGCUAUGUUUGGGUAUCAGAUUGUUUUGAGGGGUUGAAAUAAAUGCGCAUUUUUUGUAUGAUGUUGAUGGUAAAAAAA